AUGACUCCUCCCUCCAAUGUUACAAGAAAACCAUCCUGUUUUUUCAAGAUAAUUCUUGAAAAUACUAUCCGUGAAGGAAAACUUAGGAUUCCCUCAAAAUUUCUGAAAUAUUAUGGCAAUUGUUUAUCAAGUCCAAUAAUCCUUAAAGAUCCCACAGGAACCUCAUGGAAAGUGGAGUUGCUGAAGAAUAUGAAUGAGGUUUGGCUAGAAAAGGGUUGGCCAGAAUUUUCUGAGAAUCACACUCUGAAAUAUGGGCGCUUGGUACUUUUUCAAUACCAGAGAGAUAGCCUUUUCUAUGUGUUCAUAUUUGAUGAGAGCACUAUAGAGAUUGAGUAUUCAAGCAGUGAACUCCAUUCGAGGAUGCAAAAUUUUAAUGGAGAAUCUCCACAGCCCAAUAAGCAAGAAGCCAAUGAUCAAGAUGACAUUUCUUGUGGCAACCAAUCCAAAGGAAAGAGAAAGCAGUUCAAGGAUGAGAAGGGCAUUACUAGGCAGGCAAGAAGGCCUAAAUGUUCAAAAACUUGUGGAGCUCAUGAAGCUGCUGACAGUGACUUCAUCUCAAGCUAUCCAUACUUCAAGGUUGUUUUAAGGCAGCAUCACAAUGUGGUAUGGAAUUUAUAAAUAUGAAGCAGCCACAGUCGUUUAAUAUUUGAUUUGAUUUUGAUGGUGAAACCAAAAAUGCACAAGGUUUCUCCUGUGGAAGAACAUAUUGGAAAGGUAGCUAUUAGCUGUCACUAAUUUUACAUUUAUUUAGGGUAUUUGUUUAGGAAUUUUUGUGUGCAUAUCUGUUCUUACCUUUUAUUGUAUGAUUCUGAUACAAUUUUGAUAGUUUAGCUUGAUUAGGAACCUAUUUGUUAGCUGUAAUUUUUUAUUUU